AUGGGGAAUAAAUUGGGGAGGAAGAAGCAGGUGGUGGAUGAGAAGUACACUAAGCCUCAGGGGUUGUACCAUCACAAAGAUGUGGAUCAUAAGAAGCUCAGGAAGUUGAUUCUUGACUCGAAGCUGGCACCGUGUUACCCUGGUGAAGAUGAGUGUGGAUUUGAACUCGAGGAGUGUCCCAUUUGCUUCUUGUAUUAUCCAAGUCUGAAUCGGUCAAGAUGUUGCUUGAAAGGCAUUUGUACUGAGUGUUUUUUGCAGAUGAAGACUCCCAAUUCUACUCGACCGACACAAUGUCCUUUCUGCAAAACCUCAAAUUAUGCUGUGGAGUAUCGAGGUGUUAAGACGAAAGAAGAGAAAGGCCAGGAGCAACUUGACGAACAGCGAGUUAUAGAAGCCAAAAUAAGAAUGAGACGAGAAGAAAUUCACGAUGAAGAAGAAAGAAUGCUGAAACAAAAAGAUUAUUGCUCGACUCGAGCACUGUCUUUUGCAUCUGCCAUUGAGAGUGAAGAUAUGGUAUUCUCCCAUGAAGGCAUGGCAAAUAGGCCAUCUCCACGACAAAGGCAGAAUAGACAGGACAAUUUUGACCUUGAUCUUGAGGAUAUAAUGGAAAACGGGAGGCCCCAGGUUCUACCUUACAGCGACUCAAUCCAAUCCGAACAAUGCAUAGCGGGCAAUCACACCCUAUCAUCAUCAUCAUCAUCGUCACCUUCUGGUGGUCUUGCGUGCGCAAUAGCAGCCCUCGCCGAGCACCAGCAAGCUACCAUCGAGACCCCCAACAACGACUACAGCACCAACCGAGAAGCGGAGGAUUACUACCCUGCAGAGAGCGGCAUCGUGGUGGUGUCUCCUGGCCGCCAGCUGGCGAUGGCUGCAGGUGAUGACGUGGACCACUGGCUGGGCCGCAGCCGAUCGGAGAUGGCCGAGGUGGGGACGAGCUACGGGGGCUCGGACGAGCUUGACGAUGCGGAGAGCUCAUCGGGCUUUGGGCCUCAGGAAGAGAGCCAGUGUGGGCCCAGGCCCGGUUCCCUCAUGCCUGAGAGCUUCGAGGAGCAGAUGAUGCUGGCAAUGGCUGUCUCGCUGGCCGAGGCCCAAGUGAGGCCCAAUGCACCCGGCGUUUCUUGGCAGUAG